CUAGACCCGAGCUGAUUGAGAUAGAAGAGGAGGGAGAAGUGAAGCCUUGUGCUUCCAGUGCUUCGGAGCCUUGAGGGCUAACAGCUGUGCCUCGCAAGAAACUGGGCAGGAGCAGGAGCCAGCACAGCAGAGCUUGGAACAAGGGUAGAAGGAGUACUUGAUAUGAUGUCGACCAAGCGAGACGGUCUUAAGACAUGGUGGAUGCAGUUUGAGCAGAUGAAGCAGCUCAGCAGCCUGAUGGGUCUCAGCAUGCAACAGUUGAUAGACGAGUACCUCUCGUCGCAGUCGUAUUACAUCCAUGCACAGAAGAAGCUGGAGUUCGAGGAGUAUGCCAUGUUCCGAGCGUGCAAGCAGAUUCCCGACCUUCUUCGUCUGUGCCCUCGCCUCUUCUUCGAGCUCAUGGAUGUUAGCGCUCUGAUGGAAGGCAACACACAACUCCGAUCACGGUCCAGUUUCGUCCGAGUGGCGCCCCUGCUGCAGCAGCUGGCAGGGACUGCGGGUGUGGCGGGGAUCGUUUUUGACGAGCUCGUCUCCGACUGCGAGAGCAAGGAGGAGCUCACGCUCGAUCGCUUCGAGAAGUACGUGGACGCCUUAUAUAAGGCCGAAUUCGACUGUAACUAUGCGGACCAGUGGUCGGUGAUCAAGGAGCAAUGUGGGCUGGAGUCCGAGCAGUGUAUCCUUCACACCCCAUACGCUGCUGACUGCUCGCAGUUUCCUCCGGCUGUUGGGUCCCUAUACCUCUCUGCUGACCACAUCGUCUUCCAGGAUCCUGUGCUCCACAACAGGAGGGUUAUCUCGCUACAGUCAGUGAUUGACGUGAGGAGGGUAGCGGUGGAGCUGAAUCAAGCUCGCCUCCUCCUCUCUCACCUCCCGGGUUUUGGACUGCUUGCUAAGGGGGGGAACCUCUCGAUAGUGGCGGCUGUAGCUCGGCUUGCUGGGUUCAAAUCAGGAGGUGGGGAGGGAACGGACUUGACGCCAUUGCGAAAGAAACCGACGCGAUCGAACGAGUCUUCUUCCAACGACCUCGGGAACAGCUCUCCAGUCUCCUGCAGCAGCGGUCUCUUGAAGAACGAAGCUUGCUCCUCCUCGAAGAGGGAGGUCAUGUUCGGAGACUCGUCGAGCGACAACGGGAUGCCUAGCCCCGGGGAGGAAUUUGCGGGGGAGACGGGGUACGAGUCGAGCAAUGCGGACACGGACAAUGAUAGUGGAGCGCAUCUUGCGGGAGAGAAGCAGGAAGCUGGAGGAGCUGGAGGCCAGAAGGGCUUCAUGGGCCUCUCAGCCAUCCAGUUUCGGUGGCACGGAGGAGGACUGGCGAAGUUCCAGUUUGUAGAGCUGUCUGGCCUGCUCUGUGCAACGUGGAUGAAGCAUCUCAAGGAGCUUCUGAUCGCGCACAAGAUGGCGAGGGAGAGGUACGAGAGGAGCGACUUUCCCAUCCCCAUCCACACAGUCUUCGAGAGUGGCCGCCUGCCUUGGCUGCCGGCUUUCGUGGCGGAGAACAUCAUCAGGGCUAGAGCGCUGGAGAGCGUGCUAGGACGAGAGGUUUCUUCCCUCUUCCUCUGCUCCCUCAACUCCUCCUGCCUCGAGAGCAACGGCGUCUGCCCGCUCAUCGAGGAGCUUUACAGCUCUUUCCAGGCCGCCGAGAGGUACCGGAAGGCGGAGGAGGAGGGGAAAACCCUCGACAUCUUCAACUUCAAGACUCUCGACCAGAACCUGGUCAAGCUAGACGAGCUUUCCCUGGGCAUCUACGACACUUUGAAGAGUCUGGACCACCUCUGCAGCUGGCGGCAGCCCCUCCUCUCCUCCGCAGCCCUCGCCGCCUGCCUUGCCGUCUUCCACUACGAUGCCCUGUCCAUGCUCAUCCCAGGAGCCUUCAUCACCUUCUCUGGCAAAGUUGCGCUGCGGGGGUGCAUGCGGCACUUGUUCCCGGCGAUCUCGAGCGGCUGGAGGAGGACAGCGGUGAUAGAAGCUGCGAGCACGACGAUGAAGGAGCAAGCGGUGGUGGCAUCGGCAACGGGGUGCUCCUAUUCCAUCACUCGAGACAACUUGCAGAGGCUGAAGGGGAGGGGGAGCGAGGAAGAAGAGGAGGGCACGAACUUUGCUGAGUACAAGGAGAGCUCGGCGGAGGAGCUCAUCAGCCAUAGGAAGCAGGAGGAGGACUUCUCCCUGGAGAGGAUGCCCUCGCAGAUGUCUGGGAGGAACAUGGGGUCCCCUGCUACCAGAGGAUGGUUCUCUCGCAUCGGCGAUCAGGUCGCCUCAGUCCGCAAACUUCGUCAGAACAUGAAGAAGGCGCUCAGGGAGAACUUCGUGGAGGUGGAGCGACAGCUGCAAGUUGGUCUGCAGAUGGGGAGGGAGAAGACGCAGAAGCUGAGCCAGCUGCAGAACACGAUCCAGCAGGUGAAUCGAAUACUCGCUAAGCUCGCCAUCUUGUAUUCUUGGGAACAUCCGCGUCAGUCCAUGUGCUUCUGCGUCCUUGUGGCCUCGACCGGCACAGCCUUGGCAGUGACACCUGCCCGAUGGAUCUUCCUCUGCCUCGUCAUCGGCAAGUUCGUUCCCGGGGACAUGAUGCAGAAAAGGCUCAAGGGCCUAAGUCUCUUCCUCGCUCGCAAGUACCUCGACCCUCCCGAGACGAUCAAUGAAUUGUGAAUCAUAUC